CAAAAGUUACAAAAGUCCUUCUCCACCGUCAUGGCCUCAUUAGCUCUACACCAGACGCGCUCGUUUAUCUCUACGUUCAGGUCGUCGUGGGCACAGCUGCCAGUUGCUGCUUCUCUAGCUAUCAACUCGGAGCUACGGCAAAAGUCAUUCAGUUGGGCUUUGCCAGGCUUGCAGUCCCUGCUCGAACUGCUCCCUCCCAUCAUCCUCGCAGUUCCAAAGAGUAAAAUUUCUCACUCGCGAAAGUCCAUGCGCAGUGCAAACAAAGGACUUAAAGACAAGCGGAAUAUCGUAAACUGUCCAGCCUGCGGAGAGCCUAAGCUCGCACAUCAUGCAUGCAGAGCUUGCUACUCUGCAAUAAUGGCGCGUUUUAAAGCGGAGACCAAGAGGUUGGCAACAGAGGCGACGAAACGCGCGAGCGGAGGGAGCUGGUCGAGGAGAGAGGCGCCGCUCAUGAUUGAGGGCCCUAAGGACUCGUGAUCUCUAUUGAUUUGCGCAUCUCAUGCACUGGCUGUUCUUGGCGUUAUGCCGUGGCCCCAACGCCAGUUGGGUAGAUGAUAUUCACUGUACUUACUCGAUGACAAGCUCGUAAUCAUCACCUUCAAGCUGCUCGCUUUCUUCUCUUAAACAGAGCCUGACUGCGUGGAUAUAUACUUUUGCGAUUUUCUGUCGCGGUGUCCGUUCAGGAAACGCAAUGAAUAACACCACUUAGGGUGACGCAUUGCAGCCCCAGUACAAGAGCGAAGCCGAAGUUGAGUUCAGUUUUCUUCUCAAUAAUAAAAACCGGCCAAAGGGCGUUGAAUCUGGUCCUGCAGUAUCUAGUGCUGGUCGGCACAUAACGCAUAUAAUCAGGGCUUCGUCUGUAUCUUCCUUGAAAAAA